AAUUCAGCAGAUGAUACGAACGUGCCAAUCCAAUUCAAAUCCUUUUCUUUUUCCUUCUUCUUGAACCCAAAACAGACCAUGGCAAUUCUGUUAUCUACUACAGCAACCAAGCUUAGCUUAAAGCUUCUCAACAACAAUGGCAACAUGCAACAACCAUCCCCAACUUUUCACACUUUUUCCACUGGUUGCAUAGAGACCAAGAAACAAAGCAAGAAGCUUUCAAUUCUUAGUUUUUCUGUUCAUAAUCAAACUAGCAUUGAGUUAAACCAAGAAAAUAAUGCUAAAAUAGGACCUAGAAAAGGUGGUAGAUUCCCUGUUUUGAGUGAGGGUAGAGAUGAGGAUGAUAAGUAUGGGCUUGUUUGCCCUGGUUGUGGGGUUUUUAUGCAAGAUAAUGACCCGAGCCGUCCUGGGUAUUAUCAACAAAGAAAAGUUAUUAUUGAAGGAAGUGAAGUGGAUGAUGAUGAGGAAGAUGAAUUUGAAGGGUUCGAGGUAGAAGAAGACGAGUUUGAGGAUGUAAUUGAGGGUAAACUUGAGGAAAAUGAUGAGGACAAAGAUAAAUUUGAAGAGGAGGAUGAGGAGUUUGAUUGGGAUUCUGAUGAAUUUGACGCAAUGUACGAAGAGGAUGAUAAUUUGGACUUGGAUGGGUUCGCUCCUGCGAGUAUUGGGUAUGGUAACAUUACGGAAGAGAUAAUAGAGAAAGAGAAGAGGAAGAAGGAAGAGAGGAAGGUGUCGAAAGCUGAGAAGAAGAGGAGAGCUAGGGAGGGAAAAAGGGAAAAGGAUGAGACUACGGUAUGUGCUCGAUGUCAUUCUUUGAGGAAUUAUGGGCAGGUCAAGAACCAAACUGCUGAAAACUUGAUACCUGAUUUUGAUUUCGAUAAAUUAAUAGCAACUAGGCUGAUAAAACCAAGUAGUAAAGGAAAUGCUACUGUUGUUGUUAUUGUUGUUGAUUGCGUUGAUUUUGAUGGCUCGUUUCCUAAACGAGCUACGAUGUCGUUGUUCAAGGCAUUGGAAGGAACUAAGAAUGACUUUAAAGCCAGCAAAAACUUGCCUAAACUUGUCCUAGUUGCAACAAAGGUUGAUCUCCUCCCAUCACAAAUUUCACCAACUAGAUUAGAUAAAUGGGUUAGGCAGCGUGCCAAGGCAGGAGGGGCACCCAAGCUAAGUGGAGUUUAUCUAGUUAGUUCUCGUAAGGAUUUGGGUGUGAAGAAUUUAUUAUCAUUUGUAAAGGAAUUGGCCGGUCCUCGAGGGAACGUGUGGGUUAUUGGGGCUCAAAAUGCAGGCAAAUCCACUCUAAUUAAUGCAUUUGCAAAGAAGGAAGGAGCCAAAGUAACAAAGCUCACUGAAGCUCCAGUUCCUGGAACAACUCUUGGGAUUCUGAGAAUUGGAGGGAUUUUGUCUGCCAAGGCAAAGAUGUAUGACACUCCAGGGCUUUUGCAUCCAUAUUUAAUGUCCAUGAGAUUGAAUAGAGAAGAGCAAAAGAUGGUUGAAAUACGGAAGGAGCUGCAACCUCGAACAUAUAGAGCAACGGUUGGACAGGCUGUACAUAUUGGUGGCUUGGUGCGACUAGACCUUAACCAAGCUUCUGUAAAAACAAUCUAUAUCACCGUCUGGACAUCACCAAAUAUUUCUCUGCACCUGGGGAAGAUAGAAAACGCCGACGAAUUCUGGAAAAACCAUGUUGGAAUUCGAUUGCAGCCUCCAGUUGGCACAGACAGAGCGGCGGAAUUAGGAGAAUGGAAAGAACGAGAAAUCAAAGUGAGCGGAACAAGCUGGGAUGUGAAUUGCAUUGAUAUUGCAGUGGCUGGCUUAGGGUGGUUUUCCUUGGGUCUCAAAGGGGAAGCAACCCUGACAUUAUGGACAUAUGAUGGCAUUGAGAUUACUUCAAGAGAACCUUUGGUCCUUGAUCGAGCAUCAUUCCUCGAACGACCUGGCUUCUGGCUACCUAGGGCUAUAUCUGAGGCCAUCGGAAACAAAACCAAAGCCGAAUCACGCAAGAGCAUGGAUUCCCUAGAAGAGGCAUCUGUCUGAAGUGAAAAAGCUUAUUUUUUAUAUCUUCUGAGAAAAAAAACGACAAACAAUUUUGCCCAAAUGAUCCGCUUGAAGAGAAUAGAGACGAGUUUGUACUCUUCUCCUCUCUGCAAUGUGAUUGUGCUUAAAGCUACAUAGAACAGCCUCUCCUAUGAACAGCUUGUUUAGGUAACACAAGCCUUAAUAAAUGAACUUUAAUUUGAGUAAAUCUCAGAGAAUCCAAGUCUGUCUAGUGUUUAAUGAUUUCACUAAAAUUAAAUUUCUCCUCACUUUUGUUUGAGUUUAAUUUCACGUAAUUCGGCUACGCCCUUAGGAAAACGCUAACGUGUAGAGAUAUCAAAUAUGUAUCUUGCAUGGUCAGUAAUGUAAUCAUAGAGUUUGUGGGAUUUUAUUGUCUUUCUUAACAAAUUUAAACAUUUGUAUAAUGCACUAAAAUUAAAAGAUAACAACAAUGAAAUAUAUUUAUAUGAUUUGUUUUUCUUCUCUUGCUAAAAUUACAUUUUCUUUUUUACAUUUUUGGUUAAUUGAAAGGAAAGACUCGAGAAUGAACAAGGGAGGGAUACAAGUUGCAACCUUGCUCUGUACAAAAAACAGCAUAAACUACACUAGUCUAGUCAGAUCAGACGACCUGAAGUCAUGCCGAGAACUUAAACGUAAACGUAUGCAUAUCGAACUAAAUUACAUUCUUUACUGAUGGAACUGCUACAUCCUUCUUACCUCCUUCCAAGAAGCCUAUAACACCACAUCAUCAAACCAAUUUUCAUUAACAACUCCAAACUUCCGGAUCUAUAAGCUGUCAAGAUUAAUACAUACCGUCUACUUGGGUUUCACAAGACUCGACAAAAUCCUGAAAUUGAAAGUCCAAGCUAGAGAAAUAAUCACCAGCAUCAAGAUCAAAUGUAUCCGGGAGUAAACCAGCUACAUCAUUGCCAUUGUCAUCCUCAUCAUUGUUAUAAACCCCAUUCUCAUCCUGAUGCUGACUGAGCCAGUAAUCCCGAUACCAUGUUGAAGUGGUAACCAAUUGCCACCAUUCCGGUGAGAAAUCCUCCACUUGACGGUAAGCAGCAGGGAUAAAGAGAGGGGCGUUAGGGUUUAAUGUGGAACUUCCUCCUGAAACUAGUGCCAUCCUUCUUCAACUGUUGUUAAUCUAAUCUG